AUGCAGACGUGCACCCCAAAAGGACUAGGAGCGCGCGAAACAACUAGAUUCUUUGUUCGAAAGCCCUUGACGGAGGAAGAAGAAAACGUCUUCUGGGUUACACAAGUAAAGCUCGCCGAGGAACAUGCUCGAAUCAGUCGCAGCAAACGCCCACAAACUCGAAAAACUGCUGGCGACGAUCUCCACAAAAUCCGCGAUCUCCGUGAUUACAUCACGAAAACGGCCGCUGAUGUGAAAGGGGUGAAAUCCCUAAUUCACCACGAUACCAGUGCCGCGUCCAAGAUCGAUAGGCUCCUCGAUGAGGCUCCAAAGACUCCCUUCACUGCUCGAAUUACCGAGACCUUCGUCUCAGACCUUGGGAAAAUUAAGAUCCCUACCUAUGAUGGCACCACUGACCUUAAAUCACAUCUGCAGACCUUUCAGAUUGCCAUGGGAAGGGCAAAGCUAAAGGAAAACGAAAGAGACACCGGCCAUUGCCGCCUUUUCGUCGAAAUCUCAUGGGAGCAGCGCUCGAAUGAUAGGAAAACUUCCAACAUCGAUCUUUGUAGCCUAGCCCAGAAAGAAGACGAACCUCUCCGUGACUUCUUGAAUAGAUUCAAGCUCGUCAUGGCGAGAGUUAGCGGGAUAAGGGACAAGGUGGCAAUAGACGCACUCAGAAAGACGCUCUGGGCUACAGAUUACAUCUUCAUCGAAGAAGAGAUAAAAUUUCUGUCGCAAAAACAUAAGUCGACAAAAAUAUCCUCGAAAGAUGCGGCAUCAGACCAUAAGUCUAAAAAGAAGAACUCUCGUAACGACAAGUAUGUCCAUCACGAGGGGGGGAAACUUCAGGGGGCACAUAACUAUGCCAUAAACUCCAAACAAGGAAGGACGUCGGGAAAUACGUGGACUCGAAAUUUGGGUUACGAUGACUCCGUCUUCUGUGAGUUUCACCAGACACGAGGACACUCGACCGUGAACUGCAAAGUCUUCGGCGCGAGGCUAGCCGCGAAACUACUCGCUGAAGAAACCUCCAAAGUCAUCGGUAUCAAGGAUCUCAUCCACGAUUCCGAUCGCCCGCCAAAAACUGAUAAAACCCCAGAAAAUCCUUUUCAAGGAAAUCAGUCUGGCGAAAAGCGCGGAAGAAGGCAGAACGACAAUAAUCGUCGCAUAUUGAACAUGAUCAUCGGCGAGUGCAGUAAUGCCACGACACAGUGUUAUCCAUCAAGGUUUACCAGCAGAAAGCUGAAACAAGCGCGAGUCGGCCGACCGGGUCUCCAGCCUGCGACGUCCCAAAUAAUGCGAUCACCUUCGAGGAGGAAGAAACCGGCGGAAUCGACCAGCCCCAUUGCGACCCACUCUAUCGAUUUCAUAAUCAGAGAUCUCAAGGUCGCAAGGAUCCUCGUGUAUACGGGAAGCACGGUCAACAUCAUCUUCCGCGACACUCUCAAUAAGAUGAACAUCAAACUGUCCGAAGUCGUACCUACGCAGAAACCGCUGACCGGUUUUUCAGGCAUAACGUCGAUGACGCUCAGAUCGAUAAAACUCUCGAUGAUGGCGAAAGAAGUCACAAAAAUCAUUGACUUUGCGUUCGUCGACUAUCCGGCCGUCUACGACGUGAUCAUUGGAACGCCUUGGAUAAACACCAAGAAGGAAAUUCUGUUAACGUAUCACCUAUGCAUCAAAUUCCCGACUACCACACCUAGGCAUCAAAUUCCCGACUCCCAACGGAAUCGCGACAAUUUGGGGAUGCCCAAAACAAUCGCGACUUUUCUUCCUGGAAAAACACAAGCUACGACAAGUCACGACUGCUCAUAUCACAUCUGGAAACACUUCGGAAAAAGAUGA